ACCCACAAGAGAAACAGAGAGGUUAGACCCACCGGCCACCACACUUUGAUUUUCUCUUCUUCUGUUUUGUCCCUGCUUGUUUCAACAGUGUUCAUCUUAAUUUUGUUAAUCGGUAGAAGAGAAAUGACCGGCAUCGGAGCACUGAGGGUUCUGAGUUUGCAGGAAGCGGUGGAGGGGGAGAGAGCGAGAGACCACAUGGACGGCGUGGAUCGUCGGAGGAGCUUGAAAGAACGGCUCGGAUUGAAGGGAAUCGGCUGUUGCGGGGCCAGCUGGGGCCUCGGAGUGGGGCCAUCCACCAUCAGAGUCCUCGACGACGACGACGACGACGACGACGAUCAGGUGCCGGAACAGGAAGAAAUUCAAGAAGCGGAGACUGCGGGUCCUGAUCCAGAUCCGGAUCCGGGUCCGGGUCCAUAUUGCUUGGGUCGGGCACCGCCGGCGAGGACGGCGGCGGGGAUGAAUCUGGCAACCGCGUUGGCCGCGGAACGCCACUUCCGGGCGGUGCAGGAUCCUGAUGGUCGGGCGGUGGAGGCCGCAGAGGGCGGCGAUACGCCGUGGAGGGUCUCGCUGAUGAGGCUGCUGGCGGAAACGGACAGCAGCGGCGGCGCCGCGUGGGAAAGGGAGGGGGAGAAGGGGAGGUGUGAUUGGGUGUGCUGCGUGUGCAUGGGGAGAAAGAAGGGCGCUGCUUUCAUACCAUGUGGGCACACUUUUUGCAGAGUGUGUUCGAGGGAGCUUUGGCUAAAUCGAGGCACUUGUCCCCUCUGCAACCGUUCGAUUGUCGAGAUUCUCGAUUUAUUCUAGAUCUUGUCCGAUGCCUUUGAUCGGACGGUGAUGAUUUGGUAAUUAUUAUUUUUUUUCUUAAAGGGGAUGGUCUUGGAAUUUUCCCCAAUUGAAAUUUUAAAUUUAUUUAUUUUCUCAUUACUAGUUGUGGUAUGGAAAUACCGACUUGUUUUUAUUUAUUAUUUAGAUAUAUGAAUUUUUCUUCGCAAUAAAAAUAUUAAAAAUUAAGUUGUCUAAA